CCAAUGCCCCUCAGCACUCCUGCAAAUGAAUAAGAGCAUUGCUAGGAAAAUGUGAAACAACAGCGUAUGGGGACUGUUAGGUCAUGGCCUGAACCAGUGACUGAGCAGCUGGCGAGGGGGUGUAGCCAGCCCUGGGAGCACAGGUGGAAGCAAUUCACUUGUGUGACUGGCAGGCAGCAGACCCUGGCUCCACCCCUCCCUAACUUCAUUUAAGGGCUGGCAGCCACAAGGGAAGCAUCCCUACUUGGAGGUCAUUUCCUUUGGAGUGCUUGGUGAGCCCUGGUCCUUCAGAAAGGGGGAGAUCUCCUACAUAUUAUGAUAUAGUUCUCAAGUCUGGGAUCGUCUUAUGAACCAUAUUUCUUAAUUACAUCAGUGCUUCAAGAUACAGAGAAACAGUAUCCAGAAUAACCUUGGAAAUCUUUUGGAGCUACUAAAAUUCUGGUAAUCAAGAGUCAUAAUGACUGACAUAAAAGAUGGACCACGCUCAGGGGAAGAUCUAUCAGAUGCAAAAUCUUUCCCUGGUUCCAAAGGAAUGAACUUACCUGCUAGCAAGUCUGUGGACUCUGGAAUUCUACCUGAUGACAGUUACAGAAUGGAUUAUCCAGAGAUGGGAGUCUGUGUUAUAAUAAACAAUAAGAACUUCCACCGAGACACUGGACUGUCAUCUCGUUCAGGCACGGAUGCAGAUGCUGCAAGUGUCAGAGAAGUUUUUAUGAAGCUGGGAUAUAAAGUCAAGCUUAACAAUGAUCUUUCAAGCAGAGAUAUUUUUAAGCUAUUGAAAAAUGUUUCUGAAGAAGAUCACAGCAAACGAAGCAGUUUUGUUUGUGUGUUGCUAAGCCAUGGCGAUGAAGGACUUUUCUAUGGUACAGAUGGCCCUCUUGAACUGAAGGUACUAACGAGCCUUUUCAGAGGCGACAAGUGCAGAAGUCUCGCAGGGAAACCCAAACUCUUUUUCAUUCAGGCCUGUAGAGGGACAGAAUUAGAUUCUGGUAUUGAAGCAGAUAGUGGACCAGAUGAAACAGUGUGUCAAAAAAUACCUGUAGAAGCAGACUUCCUGUAUGCAUAUUCUACUGCUCCAGGCUAUUACUCCUGGAGGAACGCAGCUGAAGGCUCCUGGUUUAUUCAAUCUCUGUGUAGAAUGCUGAAGGAACAUGCCAGGAAACUUGAACUCAUGCAGAUUUUAACUCGUGUAAAUCGCAGAGUGGCAGAAUAUGAAUCCUGCUCCACUCGACAGGAUUUCAAUGCAAAGAAACAGAUUCCAUGCAUUGUGUCUAUGCUUACCAAAGAAUUUUACUUUCCUUGCUAAAAAAAAAAAAUUGCACUUUGCAAUUUUCAGGUUUUUAUCUGUAAUUUAUACACUGUUAGUAUGGAAUACCACUUUUAAGUCUGAAUUACUGUUCACUGCCAUAUAUGGCACAAGGAACUGUCUGAGAGUUGGAUAUGUCCGUUAUUAGAAGAAAACCAUGAAUGGCUAAGGUAGAAAUGCAAACCUGGUAGGUGAAGCACAGGAAAAUUUGAACAUAAUAAGAAUUUGGAAAAAUUAUGAGGAGGAGACUGAAGAGAAGUCACAUCACUUACAAGACCUACAUGGUGCUACGUUUCGCUUUGCAGAAGGAGCAGAGAAAAGAAACAGGUCUUGUAAAUGUUUUGGUUUCAUAUCUUUACCAGUAGGAAGAAGAUUCAGAAUGGGAUCUGUUUGCAAUUAUGGUAAUGUGAUGGUAGUGUCAUUACACAUUUCUUCUUUAAAAAAAAAAAAAAUCAAGUUUUUCAAGCUUAGGUUAUAAGGUAGCCUAAACUACUUGUAUUACUUAAGAUGUAAACUGUGAAAAAUGGCCGUUUCAUUUUUUACAUAUGCUUAGGAGGCAUCGUUAGAAGUAAGUUCAUUUUGUCUUGAUUAUUUUGUAAUUUUUUAUAUGGAACAUUAGAUGAGGUAAUUUUAUCAACACAGUAUCUGUUUCUAAGUACAUUUAUAUGUUUAGCCUUGAAGCUGAGUAACUAACGGACCAGUCUUCCCAAACGCCUUUCUUUUGCAACUCCUAGGGAGAGCUUUAAUACUCUUGGGGCACGUUUGAGGCCACAAGAUUCAAUGCAAAAGAAAAUCUGCAUUCUGAAAAGCCAGCUCUCCUCUUUCUGACCCUUAAAUUAGAGUGGUUCUGCUUUCUGCAGAUGUAUAUACCACGUUUGAUCUUUGCGGAAGCCUAAAUAUGGUGGUACCAGUGAAAUUUUCUUGUCUGCUAUCAAUUGGGUUAAUUACACAUGUCUUUUAAAAGAAUUUAGUACAUUAAUGAAUAGUAAAUAUAAGUCUUUUAGUUUUGAGUGGAAUAGGCUUUUAGAAAAUUGUAAAGCAUAUAUGCUUUUGGUGAUGUUUCAGCUUGUGACAGUCUUUUGAUGAACAAAGGCAUUGGUGAAUGACCACAAGGGACUUGCAAAACAAGACUUAAAAUUCUUUGUAUUGUGUAGCAUAAAUGAUGUUAGCGAAUUGAUGGCGUCUUCCAGAGGUGUUUGGAUUUUUUUUAAUUAAACUUUGUCACCUAAAUUAUAUAAUGCUUUUCUAUAUGUAUUAUCUGUUUAGGAUCGGAUCAAUUACAUCCCUUUUUCUCCAAAAAAAAAAAAAAA